CCAGCGGGGCUUUUAAGCUUUAUAAAGUUCCUCUUUCCCAUCUCCGAUAGUUUCAACAGUUGAACUUGGGACCCACUGCUGCCCUCAGCUACGAGUUUGGGGCGAGCGCAGAGCUAGAGCAGGAGGCGGAUCCUAGGCGCGUGAGGGCGACAUUAGGCGCGCUGGGCAUGAACCUGGAGGGCAGCGGCCGAGGCGGAGAGUUCGGCAUGAGCUCGGUGAGCUGCGGUAACGGGAAACUCCGCCAGUGGCUGAUUGACCAGAUCGACAGCGGCAAGUACCCAGGGCUGGUGUGGGAGAACGAGGAGAAAAGCAUCUUCCGCAUCCCCUGGAAGCACGCGGGCAAGCAAGACUACAACCGCGAGGAGGACGCCGCCCUCUUCAAGGCUUGGGCAUUAUUUAAAGGAAAGUUCCGAGAAGGCAUAGAUAAGCCAGACCCUCCUACCUGGAAGACACGUUUACGAUGUGCUUUGAACAAGAGCAAUGACUUUGAGGAACUGGUUGAGAGAAGCCAGCUGGACAUCUCAGACCCCUACAAAGUAUACAGGAUUGUUCCUGAGGGUGCAAAAAAAGGAGCAAAGCAGCUCACCCUGGAGGACCCACAGAUGACCGUGAGCCACCCCUACACCAUGACAGCUCCUUAUACCUCACUCCCAGCUCAGCAGGUUCAUAACUACAUGAUGCCACCCCAUGACCGAAGCUGGAGGGAGUACGUCCCUGAUCAGCCUCACCCAGAAAUCCCAUAUCAAUGUCCUGUAACGUUUGGACCCCGCAGCCACCACUGGCAAGGCCCAGCUUGUGAAAAUGGUUGCCAGGUGACAGGAACCUUUUAUGCUUGUGCCCCGCCUGAGUCCCAGGCCCCCGGAAUCCCCAUAGAGCCAAGCAUAAGGUCUGCUGAAGCCUUGGCGCUCUCAGACUGUCGACUCCACAUCUGUUUGUACUACCGAGAGAUCCUGGUGAAAGAGCUAACCACAUCUAGCCCUGAAGGGUGUCGGAUCUCCCAUGGGCAUACCUAUGACGCCACUAACCUGGACCAGGUCCUUUUCCCCUACCCAGAGGACAAUGGCCAGAGGAAAAACAUUGAGAAACUUCUGAGUCACCUGGAAAGAGGUGUGGUCCUGUGGAUGGCCCCUGAUGGGCUUUAUGCCAAAAGACUAUGCCAGAGCAGAAUCUACUGGGAUGGGCCCCUGGCACUGUGCAGUGACCGGCCCAACAAGUUGGAGAGGGACCAGACCUGCAAGCUCUUUGACACACAGCAAUUUUUAGCAGAGCUACAAGCAUUUGCUCACCAUGGCCGUCCCCUGCCAAGAUUCCAGGUAACUCUGUGCUUUGGGGAAGAGUUUCCAGAUCCUCAGAGGCAAAGGAAGCUCAUCACUGCUCACGUCGAACCUCUACUAGCCAGACAACUAUAUUAUUUUGCUCAGCAGAACAGUGGACAUUUCCUGAGGGGCUAUGAUUUACCUGAACAUGUUAGCAGUCCAGAGGAUUAUCAUCGAUCUAUUCGCCACUCCUCCAUUCAAGAAUGAAAACCAAGACAAGUGAUUUUGUUUCAUUUAAACAUCUGACUUUGACAGGAACAGCUGAUUGAACUCCCUCUUUUUCUUUUGAGAAACUUGGAAACUGGGGCUUCAGUUCAACACUUCAGGAGAAUCUCAGCGAGAAUGAGUGUAAAAAACCAGCUCCAUGUAAAUGACAGAUGAGUUUAUUCCAAAAGGAAGGAUGGUCUUCAGGGUCUUCUGUAGACUGCCAUCUUUGAUAAUUACUGUGAAAAUUGACCAAAGAAGGUGUUUACAUUUACUUAAAUGAUAUAUUUAAUUUGAUGUGGAUUAUUUCUUGCUUUAAAACUGAGAAAACGUGUCUUUCAGUAUUUACCACUAAUUAGAAGGAUAAAAGUAAAGUGCUGUACUAUUUCUCAGGGAAGUAAUAUCUAAAUUUGAGGUGACUCUGCCUACAAAAGAAAUGUAUUAAUGCACAUAGGUGAUGUUGGUCUUGUAGAAAAUACUUGCUAAUAGAAAGGAACAGAAUCUUUGACCGAGGUUGGACCACGGGGCCUCCAGCUUUGGGGUGGGUCAUCACCCCCGCCCUGGCCUGGGUCUCGCCCUAUGAUGGGCUUUCCUGCCCUGCCUCACACUGUCCCCCAAUUUUCUCUCUUCCUGAAUGCCCCUGGAAGCCAGUUGGUAUUUUGUGGAACCAAAAAGCAUUAGUGCUACACUUGAUUAGUAUAUUUUUGUCUGUUCUACAAUCUCAUAAUGACUGGUUAAGAUAUUUUUUGUUUGUCUUUUUGUCUGUCAUUCUAUAGAAAUUAUUGGUAAAACUUUUUUUCUUUAAAGAAGAAAAAAAUAACAAUCCAAAUACUAAAGAUAUAUUUUUGAAACUCGGUGACAUUUCCCCUCUUAUCCUGUUUGUUUUGUUUGGCUAUCAGUUAGUUAUCCAUGACAACACUAAAGAGGAGGAGCCGAUGCUUUUCAAUUUGGUGAACUCUGUUAGGAAAGAUGAUGACAGGAUUUCACUGAUUGCAUAACUGCAGACUCAGUGGGCUGUUUUUGCUUAUUUUGUAUAUUAUAUGCUUCCUCAUGCCAAUAUGGUUUAACAGGGCCUUUACUUGCUUAAGUAAACCUGAUCACUUCCUUGUUGAUUGUUUUGGAAAAGUACAGAUGUUUAGACUGUGAUGCUGGCAACUGAUAUUUUUAUCAUACUACAAAAAAAUUGCUAUUACUUUCAGGCCCAGAAAAAGACUUGAUAGUUCUCAAAUAUAUACCACUCUUAUUCUAAUCUAUAUUUUUUAAAUCACUCAACAAACUGUAUCCCUUGCAUUAGAUAGAUUAUAGAUUAUAUAUAGCCUUUAUCCAGUUUAGUAAGCAAUGAAGCAUUGGAAUGUUAUUUUUUUUAACUUUUUAAAAGGAGUUUUUAAUAAUAACAUAAUACAUAUUAACUAUGGAAAAUGUAAACAGUAUAGACAGGCAAAAAUGAAGCACAUCAUCCUUCUUUACUGUAACCCAAAUCCUUCUCCCUAGAAAUAUCCUCAAGAAGAGUUUGACUUAUUCUUCCAGUACACUUCAUUUCUCUAUACAUAUGCAUCAGCUCAAAAAAACCUGAUAGGAUCAUCUUGCAACCACUUUUAUGCAGUGCUCUUUUAACCUAACAAUACAGAUUUACCUCACUCUUUUUAGAGGCAUUGUCGUCAUAGAACUCCACCACCAUGCAGUCAGUAGCAUAGUUUAUGGAAUUUCAUCAGCCGCUAAGAAUGAAUACACGUGGACAGCAGAUUAUACUUCAUGAAUUGCAGUAAUUUAUACAUCUUAUAGAUGCAAAAUGUUUUAGGGUAUAUUAUCCUAAGGACGAAUUGGAAACAAAAUUAGGAAUGGCUGUGACACAGGCCCCACGUGUGUGGCCCUCUUCCCUGGAGAAUAACCCCAUCCCAGCACAUCAGAGAAGCUCUAUGGUGUCAGUCCCAGGGCUGUUUUGUCUUCUGAAUUCUCCAAGCAGAUGCUUGAUUUCAAAUGCUGUUGUGAAUUCUUUACUUUUUUUUUCAUUCUUUCUUUUUUUAAUAUUAAGCUGCUUUAACACUGGAGUUAAAUUUUCUGGAAAAUGCUCUUGGCUUGGGCCACUUCACCUUUUCUUAUUUUUGCUCUCAUCUACAUUGGCUUUUUUUUUUUUUAAUUUGGAAGAAUCCAGAGUGGGCAUUAGUGAAUGAAUUAUGAAAUAAUCAGGGUGAAGAAUCCCGACAGCUGUCUCAGAACUUUGAAAAUGAAUAACUAUUCAUUCCUUGACUCAUUCCUUGACUUGAUGAAGUGGGAUUAGCAAAGUGGAAUUUAGUUUGUUUUCAGUAGAAGAUACUAUAGAAGAGUUUAGGCAUUUUUUAUGCUAAAAAGCUUCAGAUGGCAAGGUUUAAAAAUGUGUAAGUCUCAUAGGUGCAUGUUCUAAGGGCUUAUUUCCUGUUCUUUGGAUUUAGUAGAACUGGGCAGUAGUUGAUGUCUUCUGGAACACUAUAGAGAACCAGGGUGACCAACCCAUUUAAAACCCAAACCUUGGAACCCCCUCAGUCCUGGGCAAAACAGGACAGUUAGUCACCCUAUAGAGAAACCCAGCAAGACUAUUGCCUUUGAGCAAAGAAGACAUUGUUCUAUUGGGAGAUAAAAUUUAUCUUGCAUGGAAUGAGCAGCAGAACAACAUGGUUAUCACCAAAGCACAGAUAUGCCCAGGUUCAUGUUUAGAAAAAGGCACGCACUGGGCUAGGGUCUAAACAAGGUUUUCUUUGCAUGUCACUGUAUGUAAACCCCAGAGUUGGACAACUCUGGUGCAGGGUCUGGCAUGGGUUCUCGCUUGAGAAGCUGAGAAACAGGUGGACAUGCAUCCCAAGAGAAUCCUUGCUCCUGUGUUGGCUGUACCAGUGAACAUCAAUAUUUUUUCCCAUCAGUUAUUUUUAGCAAAAAUUCUUUUAGUUCAACCCCCCUGUUAUUUCUCUUUGAUCACAUUUCUCCCCUUUCUCCAGGUGAAUGUUUUUCUGGAAGUGGUGAGCUUCCUUAAGGUCUAUAUUUUUCUAUGUAUCUCCUUAGUUUAUAAUUGACUGGCAUCUAUUUAAAUAUUGCAAUAGGGCCAUUGUGCCAUAUGUAUUGUUCUGCAAUUUACUUUUUUCAUAGCCCCAUUUUUGAGAUUGUUCCAUGUCCGUGUUCUCAUCCACCUCUUGUUAACUGAUGGCAAAUAGCUUGUCACAUGAUUGCAGUGAAGGUCAAUUUUCUUGGUAUUUAUUUUCACUGCUUUCAGGAAAGCCUGUAUAUGAAAUGUAGUUGAAGUGAAGGAGAAGAAAGAGGAGAUGUGAAAGAUAAAAGAAAGGUCAGCAGGCCAAUCCUUCUCCAAUAUAAACUCAUAUUUUGUUUUAGACUCUUUGAGAUGGAAGAAACCUAAUGGGUAGUGGGGUUCAUUUUGCUGCACCCCAUCUGUAUAAGUGGAUAGGACCAAGCAGCCCCCUGACUUCAAUCCAAAGCUAUGUUGGUUCCAUCUUGCUGCUAGGCCUCCCAGGCAAGGGUGUCUGGAGAACUAGGUAGAUCAUCUCAUGGACAAUUGUAUAUAAUCAUGCAUGAAUUUUAUUAUAAAGACUUUUAAAAAAAGUAA